AUGGCACUAGUAUACGAUGCUCUCAAGACUAAAUGGCAAAAGCGACAAGAUACAGAGACCGUCGUUUUUGGAGCCACGCGUGACGCAGUCGUCACGAAACUUAACCGUUUGGUUCAAACCAAAGUUGCUGCGCUAAAAGGAGGCAUGUUUACGGACGAGGAAUGGAAUAUUAAAAAAUAUCCUAUGGUUGCGCUUUAUCAAAAUAACAGGAGCCCCACCGAGAAAGAUAUAUCUUUUACGAGCGAGUACAAGUGUAUAGAACGUCUGUCCCCGCAAUCGACAUUCUACGUCGAUAAAGCUAAGCCGGGUGAUGUUAAGCAAGGUGAAGAUGGCGAUUGCUGGUUUCUCGCAGUUCUUGCUGCGGCCGCUGAUGUUCCCCAUCUUGUUCGAUCCCUUGUCGUAUUUGAUGACAAAGCCAAGAUCUAUGGCUUUGUGUUCUAUAACGACGGUUGGGUUGGUACUAUAGUUGAUAAUUACGUGUUUUACCACGAUGUGUGGUCUGAGAAAACUAAUUCUUUUGAAACAGUAUUGAAAUUCAGUGAGGCCGAUGGAAAUGAGACUUGGGCUCCGCUUCUUGAAAAGGCAUUUGCCAAGAUCAACGGUGACUAUGAAAGUAUCGAUGGUUCAUGUGGACUAAGAGCACUUGUGGGUCUUGGAGGCAUAAAUUAUAAGGAUUGCAAGCUCGCCCAAUACAAAGUGGAACCAAAGAAAACCGAGCUUUGGAAUGCAUUUCUUGCUGCCACCAAGAACCAUAAUACUAUAUUUGCCUGCAGUCGAGAUAAACAUCAUGACGAAAUGCCAAACAGUCGUGGUGAAGAUACAGUGGGCCUGGUCCCGGGUCAUAUGUAUAGUUUUCUUCGCGCUGUUAAUUUUCAUAAUAAUAAAUUGGUCGAGAUCCGUAAUCCAUGGGCAAUGACUGAAUGGAACGGGAAGUGGUCAGAUAAGAGCAGUGAAUGGGCGCCUUAUAAGCAAAAGGAUACAAUACCAGAGUUGAAUUAUUCUCUCGUUGACGAUGGUUCUUUCUUUAUGCUAUUUGACGACUUUCUUUGUGAAUUUGAUGAGGUGGAGAGUUGUGAAUACCCAGUGGCAGUUGCCACAUCCCUCAACAAGCCUGCCAGCAUUUCAACAGACAGUCUUGUAACAGCAUCUUGGUGGCAUGGCACCUAUAAUAUUUAUCACGCCGAUAAAGUAAACAUGUCAGACUUGUCGGGUGUACAAUUGACUUUCGGGAGCGACGGGACGACUGUUAAGGUCAACGGCAGUGGAACGGAUGAUAAAGGCAAUUAUACUAUUGUUAACAGCAGCUAUGAUAGCUCAUCGAAAAAAAUUUCCUUUACCAAACAAUACAAAGUCAAUGCCAAUAUGGCCCGGAACUACCAAGGCAUAUAUCAUAGUGAUGGCGAUCUGUUCUCAGGAACAUGGGGCGAUGCCAAAAAUCCAAAUACGGGUAAUUUCUUGAUUCAUCGGAUUUCUCUUGGCGAAAAUCAAUGGGGAUCGGAUAGGAAAUGGGAUGGGAAUUGGAGUGGAUAUUGCUUCGAUGCUGCAAAUAACAAAUCCGGUCUGCAAAUCCACAUGAAUGUACAUGACGACCACCAAACUAUCACCGGCUCUGGUACAGAUAUGGGUGGUGCGUUUAUCAUUAAUGGACGCAUCUCAGCUAACACGGUCAGCUUCACCAAGGGACUUACUACUCAGUCGUGGAGUUAUAACGGACGGAAGAAAGGAGUGGUGAUGUAUGGAACUUGGGGCACUAAAGUGUCCGGGGGUAUUUUUAUAAUUGGUUAG